AAUAGUUACUAUUAUUAUUACCUAUAAUGAUCAUGAUGGUUGUCACUUGCACUUAUUCUGACCAACGAAAUCGGUUCAGCUAAUAUCCAAAGUUUGGUUUAUAAUUACAUACUUACAAACCUAAAUAGUUAGAUUGACGAAUAUUAGUAUGAAUUAAUAUUGUAUUGAUUAUGAAAUAUCCAAUUAUAUAGGAACUAACAUAUACAUAUAUAUACAUUCAAUUAUAUUUAUAUAUAUAGGGAACAUGGUAGUUACUAUAUAGCAACUAUAAUAAUAACCAUUGAAAUAAUAUGAACUAUUAGAUUCAUUUCGAUUAUCAUGUCAAAUCUAAAGAAUAAUUCGUUGAGAUCAUUACCUUUAUUAUUCAUUUUAAUAAUCUUUUUCAUUUCUUUGUCAAUAUUUAUACUUCAUGUUGAUGCAUACAGCUUUCAGAAUCUCUUCAAAUACUUUAAUCGUCCAAAAUGUGGAUAUGAAUCAUGUAAUUUAGGAAAACCGGGAUAUCUUAAUAUUCAUUUAAUACCGCAUACACAUGAUGAUGUUGGCUGGUUAAAAACAGUAGAUCAAUAUUAUUAUGGUGCUAAUAAUACAAUUCAACGUGCUGGUGUACAAUAUAUUUUAGAUAGUGUUAUACAAGCUUUAGUUGAUGAUUCAAAACGUCGUUUUACAUAUGUUGAAAUGACAUUUUUUAUGAAAUGGUGGAUAGGACAAACAUUAGCUAAACGUCAAAUAGUUAAAAAUUUAGUUCACUCUGGACAAUUACAAUUUGCUUUAGGUGGUUGGAGUAUGGCAGAUGAAGCAACUGUUUAUUAUCCAGAUGCAAUUGAUCAAUUAACUUAUGGACAUAUUAUAUUAAAACAAUUAUUUGGUGAAUGUGGACGUCCAUUAGUUGCAUGGCAAAUUGAUCCAUUUGGACAUUCACGUGAUCAUUCUGAUUUAUUUCAAGAUGCCGGUUUUGAUGCUGUCUAUUUUCAACGUAUAGAUUAUCGUGAAAAACAAAAACGUAAACGAUUAAAACAAUUAGAAGUUUUAUGGGAUACUACUCAUAUAGAAUUAAAAAAAACUGGUUAUGGUUUAUUUACAAGUAUAUUUCAUGAUUCAUAUUGUUAUCCAAAAUCAUUUUGUUUUGAUGAUAAAUGUUUAGAUGAACCAAUUAAAGAUGAUCCUAAUUUAGAAGGUUAUAAUGUAAGAUCAAGAGUAGAUGAUUUCUUAAAUUAUAUAUCUAUUAUAUCUAAAGCAUAUCAAACGAAUCAUAUAAUGGUUUUAAUGGGUUGUGAUUUUACAUAUGAAAAUGCUAAUCUAAAUUAUAAAAAUAUGGAUAAAUUAAUUGCAUAUGUAAAUCAACGUCAACAAUUAAAUAAUAGUCAAGUUAAUUUAUUGUAUUCUACACCAGCAUGUUAUACAAAAGCAGUGAAUGAUGAGUUUAAUCGAAUUGGUACAAUCAGUCGUCGUGGUGGUGAUUUCUUUCCAUAUGCUAGUGGUCCACAUUCAUAUUGGACAGGUUAUUAUACUAGUCGACCAGCAUUAAAAUAUUAUGUACGUCAAGCAUCAAAUUUAUUAUCAAUGUGUGAACAAGUUCAUUUACAUGUAGAUCGUUUAUCACAAAUGAAUGAUUAUCAAAAACAAAUUAUCACUGAUGAAUUAAUUGAUGCAUUAAGACAAACACUUGGUGUAUUACAACAUCAUGAUGCUGUAUCUGGUACAGAAAAACAACAUGUUGCUAAUGAUUAUGCAUGGAGAUUAACAAAAGCAACAAAAUUUUGUCAAUUAUUAAUUAGUCAAUCAUUAAUUAAACUAUUACCAACAUUGAAACCAUUCAUUGAAACAAAUAAUGUAAUAUUUUGUGAUUUAUUAAAUAUUAGUUUAUGUAAUGCAACUGAAGGAAUAAAACCACAAUUAAAUCAUUUAAAUCAAGGGGGUGUAUUCAUUAUUUUAUAUAAUCCAUUAGGUUGGAUACAAUUAAAUACAUGGAUACGUUUACCAAUUUAUAUUCCAGAAGAUUAUUCCAUUGAUUUACAAGUGAUAUUAAAAGAUUUACGUCAAUUACCAUCAUCAUCAUCGUCGUCGUCAUCAUCAUCAAGAUCAUCGACUUCAUCCACAUUAUUAAACAACAACAACUUAGAAUAUCAACUAGUACCAAUUACUGAACGUACAUUAAAUAUACCAGAAAGGCAUAGUGAUAAACAUUUAGCUAAUUAUGAAAUUAUAUUCAAUGCUAAAUCAUUAUCACCAAUUGGAUUUAAUUUAUUCUAUUUAGCUCUUAAUAAAACUACAUAUUACAAUAGAGAUUAUAUGAAUUAUGUAUAUAAUCAACCAUUCCAAAAAGAACCUUCAUCAUCAUCAUCAUCAUCAAUUCAUUCCUUUAUGAAUAUAGAUCAAUUACUAUCUAAAACAAUUGAAUUCAAUAUUCAAUAUAUUGAAAAUGUUCAUAAUCCAUUAAUGAUAACAAUGAAACAUUUAAAAUCUGGUGAAUCUAUAAAUUUAUCUAUUGAAUUAUUAUAUUAUUUUGGUGAAACAUCUUAUCCACAAUCAUCUGGUGCAUAUAUAUUUUUACCAAAAAAUAAUACAUUUAUACAAACGUUUCCAAGACCUACAAUAAAUGCCAUAGAUGGACCAUGUGUCAAGGAAUUUCAUCUCACUUAUGCAUCAUGGGCAUCUUUAGUUGUACGCCUUUAUAAUAAUGGAGAAUUAGAGGUAGAAUGGACAGCUGGUCCUAUACCGGAUGAUGGACAUUUAAACAGUCGUGAACUGGUGAUACGAUAUACACUGAAUGGUGAUAAUAUGUUUGUGAAAAAUCCAGGUGAAUUUUUCACUGAUUCAUCUGGUAGACGUUUAAUCAAACGAUUACGUAAUCGUAGAGAUGAUUGGAAUCUUCCAUUUCAUUUUAAUGAAACAGAAAAUGUAUCCGGAAAUUAUUAUCCUGUAAUUAAUAGAAUUAUGUUAAAAAAUAUAUUCCUUUAUAAGCCAAAUGAAAAACAUGAAAAUGAUGAAAUUCCAUUAGGAUUAGCUAUUUAUACAGAUCGUGCACAAGGUGGAACAAGUUUAAAUGAUGGACAAAUUGAAUUAAUGCUACAUCGUCGUUUAGUAAAUGAUGAUGGUUUUGGUGUAAGUGAACCAUUAAUGGAGAAUGGAUUAGAUUAUCGAGGUCUUAUUGUACGUGGAAUACAUAAAAUACGAUUUGAUGAAUUAGAAAUUAUUGAAUCCAAUGAUAGAAUAACUGCUCAAAUGAUUAGUAAACCAGUUAUACCAUUAUUUAUGCAAGCCAAACAUCAACCAAAAUCAAUUGAAGUAAAUGGUUGGAGUGGUAUCAAUAUAGCAUUACCAGAACAUAUUCAUUUGUUAAGUUUGACUUCAUGGCCAUUAAAUAGAGUUUCAUUAUCUGAUCCAAGAAUACCAAAUCAAAUAUUAAUUCGAUUAGAAAAUCUUCAACCAGUUACAGAUGAAUUAUCAAUGAAACCAUUCAAUUUAGAUUUAACUCAUUUAAUUAAAGGUAUAACAGUAAUUGGUAUGAAAGAAGUAACAUUAACUGGAGAUCAAUUAAAAUGUGAAUCUCUACAGAAUAGAUUAAAAUGGCCUACUGAAACUCAUUUUCAAUCUAAUCAAACUUAUGAAAGGGAACAAUUAUGUCAUAGAAAUAAUAUAAAAUCAAGCAAUGUUAUAUUAACUAUUGAACCAGGUAAAAUAGUAACAUAUAUAUUAGAUUAUGAAAUAUUAUCUGAACAAUAUCAUAAUCAUGUAUCAUUGAAUUAGUAUCCAAUGGGAUACAUUCCAUUGUCAAAGUUACCUUGACAACAUUUAAUCAAUAUUAAAUGAAUAAAGAAAUGAAAAAAAUAAUUUUUUUUAUUAUCCAAGAUACUUGAUGUUUUUUUGUUUUAAUGAAUAUUGUUUUAUUAAUAAUAAUUUAAGAUUAUUAUGAUUGAUUAUUUUGAAUGAUUUUAGCGGGUUGUUUAAUAUAAUUGAUAUUGUAUUGAUUCUGUUGUAAUAAUGGAUAGGACAUCAUUAUAACUAUACUAUAUAUACUAUUUUAGUGUAAUAAUAAUAAUAAUGAUAAUAAUAAUAAUAAUAAUCAUCC